AACAUAAAGAACAAAAUAACAAAACAACUGAGUUCUAAAUUGCGCCGUGUGCGCACAGUUAUCCUUAUCUGGUUCUAUCUAUCAGACAUUCUUUCAGUGAGAACGUUCAUCUUCUUCAUAGCAAUGGCAUCUUCUUCACUCUAUUCAAUUCCUCUUUCAUCUUCUUCCUCUCUUUCCGCUCCUUCCCUUCGCACAUUCUCCCUCACCUCCACUCUUCCAUUUCCCGAAUCUAAUUUCUACUUUCACCAAAACAGGAAACACCAUUUCAACUUCACCGUUAAAGCAGAAACCCUAGAUUUUACCAGUUCGUUCUUUGAAGGCGGAUUUGGUUCAGGCGAUGACCCGUUUAUUCCCGGAACCGGUUUUGCCGUUGAAGAGAAACCGGAACCACAAUGCCCGCCCGGACUCAGACAGUUCGAAACCAUGGUUGUUUUGAGACCUGAUAUGUCUGAGGAUGAGCGUCUUGCACUCACUCAGAAAUACGAGGAGCUUCUUGUUGCUGGAGGUGGAAUGUAUGUAGAGGUUUUUAACAGGGGUAUUAUUCCACUAGCAUAUAGCAUCCAGAAGAAAAACAAGGAAGGAGAAACUAACACCUAUUUGGACGGCAUCUACCUCUUAUUCACCUACUUCACAAAGCCCGAGUCCAUAAAAGCCCUUGAGCAGACACUAUUGAUGGAUGAUAAUGUUGUCCGAUCAUCGAGCUUCAGGAUCAGGAAAAGGAAAUAUUAGUUUAUCUUGAUGUCUCGAGUAGCUCGGAUAAAAGGAUGGAUAGAAAAAAAGAAUGUAGCAUUCAUCAUUUGUUGUUGUGGUAUGCUUUUUUCGUUUUCACAUGGAUUCAAGUAUUUCUGUAACAUGCUUGUAUUAAAUUAAGAGAGGGAUGUAUGUGCUAUUACUUAAAAAGCCAGUGAGUCUAUAGAAUUUUGUUAAAGGAUUCA